CGUGUGCGGAAGUGAGGCUUGGGACGCUUAUCUUACACGACAAGGGAAGUGAAAUUGAUUGCUCCCUCCUGGCAAUCCAAAGUUAGCUGCUGCAUCUUUGACAAUAUGAUAUGGCCCCUGCUUCUUCUUGUACCCUGUUUCUUGUUGCCCGGGACCGGGGCGAUCUCCUUCUACUUGCGUCCUCUGGGGAAAAAGUGCCUGAAAGAAGAAAUUCAUAAAGAUGUGUUGGUGACUGGAGAGUAUGAGGUGUCUGAGCAGCCUGGUCUGACUUGCGACCUCAAGGUAACAGACUCCAUUGGCCACAUUCUUUAUUCCAAGGAAGAUGCAAGGAAGGGCAAAUUUGCAUUUACUACUGAUGAUAAUGAUGUGUAUGAAGUCUGCUUUGUGAGCAAAAGUCCAUCUGAUACGCUCAGUUUCACAGACCAAUUAAUUGCCCUUGAUAUAAAGCAUGGCGUGGAAGCAAAGAAUUAUAAAGAUGUUGCAGAGACAGAGAAAUUGAAGCCACUUGAAGUUGAGCUUAGACGUUUAGAGGAUUUAACACAAUCGGUUGUGAAGGACUUUUCUUAUAUGAAGAAAAGAGAAGAAGAAAUGAGGGACACUAAUGAAUCGACCAGUCUCCGUGUACUCUACUUUAGUGCGUUCUCCAUGUUUUGUCUUGUGGCCCUUGCUACGUGGCAAGUCUUUUACUUGAGACAUUUCUUCAAGGCAAAGAAACUUAUUGAGUGAAUUAUGUAUUUAAAUUUUAAUAGGUCACCGGUCACUGUGUCCAUCUGCUGCUGUGCUGUUUUCAGAUGGAGGGUCUCAAUUUUUCACAACAAUUUGUCAAGUUAUACAUUCCUACCCACCUCAAUAUGGUCCCCCAAAUACAAAGUUACAUGUCCGUAGGUCAACGAUUCAUUUUCUGCCCAAUUUUCUAUCAAGGGAUCUUUCUGUUUUAGAAUGCAUUACUGUACUUUGUGUUGUAAUUGUCUAUAGCGCACAGUAGAAUGGAGAUUGUUUACAGUAACUGCCAUAGAAACUGGCAUUUAGUAUAUUAUGAAUUAUUUUAUGCGGUGUCUGUAAAAUAAGGGAAAGUGUGAUUUUUAUUUAAAUAAAUUAAAAGUGUCCUUUUUAUGUAACCGCAAAUUUAUUUUAUUUUUUAUUUUAAUAUGGUUAACCAAAAAUGUAUGGUAAAUGUUAAAUAUGACUGGCUUAAACUAAUCAUUAUUUUCAGUGCAAGGAAAAAGGCAAUUAUUUCAUAAUUAUAAAACAUAAGGGCUUAUUUAUCAAAAUUCGAGUUUGUUUUCCUAAAUCAAAUAAACUGGCAUAUUGAUUGGUC